AAUUCCUGCUGUUCAGCUUUUUUACCUUUUUCUUCUUUUAAUGGAUGUUUAUUUGAAUUGGGCCAUCUUACUUUUUGAAGUGGUCCUUGCCGUGGUGUGCUGCCUGGGCAAUGCGCUGGUGAUCUGGGCCGUGUGGACCUGUAGAGCUCUCAGACAGCCUGCCUUGUGCUUCAUCGCAGCUCUCGCAGUGGCUGAUUUCCUGGUGGGCUCGGUGACGAUCCCUCUGGAGGGGGUGGUGGGCUUUCAUUUCAACACCUCAUUCUAUGGCUGCCUUUUCAUGUGCUGUGUUUUCACACUGGUAGAAGUUGCUUCUGUAUUAUUGCUCCUGGCCAUCGCAGUGGACCGAUAUCUCCGUGUGCUCAUCCCUCUCCUGUAUAAGUCUACAGUCACCCAGAAGAGAUCAUGGAUUGUUGUCGCUCUUUGCUGGUUCACUGCUGCUGUUCUGAGUUUUAUUCCUAUGUUUGGAUGGAACAAUCAAAAGACUUUAAAUGGUACAACUUCUGGAAACUCCAUCAUCAAAUGCAGCUUCUUCACUGUGAUCCCCACUUCAUAUCUAGUGAACUUCAUAUUCCUCAGCUGUUUCCUCCCUCCAUUGGCCAUAAUGAUCGGACUGUACUCUUACAUCUUCCUGACCACUAGAAGGCAGUUAAGAGCACAAAUAGCCAAUGAUUCCACCAUAAAUUAUCAUAGAGAGCACAAGCUGGCCUCUUCACUGGCUCUGGUCUUGGUUCUCUUUAUUGUCUGUUGGCUUCCUCUUUUUUUUAUGGUCACUAUAAGAUUCUAUUGUAAGAAUAUCAACGUGACCUCCUCCGUGAUUGAUGUAGGUGUACUUCUGUCUCACUGUAAUUCAGCUAUUAACCCCAUAGUAUACGCAUUCAAAAUCCCCAAGAUAAAAGAGACUUUUAUAAAGCUGUGGCUGAGACUUAGUCAGAAACAGAGCAAACCGAAUGAUGCAAUAAAAAAUGAAAACAGCAAUAAAAACAACCCAGAGAAAAACACUGCUGUAACCAGCAGUACAGUAUCUGAAUCAGUUGUGUAAUAUUUCUGCUGCCAGUGACCUUUUAAACAAAUAGUAUGGGUCAGUUUUUCAACAGGUAUUAAGCCUAGUCUUAGACUACACAGCAGUAUCAAUGAAUCAAUGAAUCAAUGAAUCAACCAAUCAAUGAAUCAAUCAAUCAAUCAGUCAAUCAAUUAACCAAUCAACCUUUAUAUUGGCUGGGAAGUACAUUGUUUAUUUUCAGUGUAGCUGAUCAUUUACACAUACAAGGAUUGGCAUGACAAAGAAAAUUAUAGAAAUAUUGUAUUUAUAUUUAAAAUAACAGUUAAUAACUGCUGAAAUAUUGUAUUUAUAUUUAAAAUAACAGUUAAUAACAGAUAAAAAUUGAUACUAAUAAUCAAAAGAAGAUAAGAUGAAUACACCAAAAAAGCAAUUAAAGUUAAGCUAAAACUAACUUUUAUAUAUUUUAUAUAAUAAUAAUAAUAAUAAUAAUAAUAAUAAUAAUAAUAAUAAUAAUAAUAAGAAGAAGAAGAAGAAGAAGAAGAAGAAGAAACUAAUGUAACUGAUUUCAGACCACAACCCCCUUCCUUCUCUUUCAACCCCCAAUGCCCAAUAUAUAUGUAAGGGCUAAGUGCUGCCACUAUGAUCAGGAGAUCAUUGGUUCGAAUCCUGGUCCUGCAUCUAACCAUCAGCUGCCGGAGCCUUGAGAGAGCACAGUCGGCCUUGCUCUCUCUGGGUGGGUACUGUAGAUGACGCUCUUUCCCCCUUACCACUCCUAGGGUGAUGUGGAUCAGCACAAGGCUGCGUCUGUGAGCUGAUGUAUCCAAACCGAGUUGCUGCGCUUUCCUCCGAGCGUUAGCGCUGUGAUGCUACUCGGUAAUGCUGCAUCAGCAGCAGCUCGAAAAGAGGCAGAGUCUGACUUUACAUGUGUCAGAGAAGGCAUGUGUUAGUCUUCACCCUCCUGGUGUUGGGGUAUCACUAGUGAUAAGGGGAGUCCUGAAGAGAGGGUUGGGUAGUUGGCCGUGUAAAUUGUUGAGAAAAUGGGAAAAAAAUAGUAAGAAUAUUAUAAAAAUAAAAAAAGAUAUGUGAGCACUGUCAACGUUAAAUUGGUAACACACACAAUUAAUUUCUGUAAUGCAUUUUUUAUUUAUGUUUUUUAUGUAAUCUGUCCCACCCUCCCCCAAUGCCUGAUUAAUUUUUUUUUUUCUAGAGCGGUUCGCUUGUGGCUAGAAUGUGAUCUGCCCUCAAUCUGACCCAGCUAAUAAAUAUACUUCCUUUUAAUAGAGCUAAACUGCUGAUAAGGAACAGUUUUUAAUCUGAUAUAUUAGACAGAUAAUAUACUGUAAUGAGCAAACGCUGUCUCUGCUGCUGCUCCAUUCUAUUUACACACUAUACGUUUAUAUAUGUUUACACAGUUUAUAUUUUUAGCAUUGUGUGUUAAAGCAGCUUCACACUGCACAGCUAUACUCAGUUUAACACAGAAUCUUCACUGUUCACUGUUCCAUGUUUUCACCAUUUGUGGAUAAUGGCUCUCACUGUUGUCAGCUGGAGUCCUAUAACUUUAGAAAUGGCUUUAUAACAUUUUCCAGACUGAUAGACCUCAAUUACUUUUUUUCUUGUUUGUUCCUGAAUUUCUUUUGAUAUAAGCAUGAUGUCUAGCUUUUGAGCAUCUUUUGGCCUACUUUGCUUUGUCAGGCAGAUUCUAUUUAAGUGAUUUCUUGAUUGAGAACAGGUGUGGCGGUAAUCAGGUCUGGAUGUGGUUAGAGAAAUUGAAUUUAGGUGUCAGAAACCGCAGUUAAGGAACAACCCCUUUUUCACACAGGAUCAUGUAGGUUUGGAUUUUUUUUCUCCCUUAAUAAUGAAAUCCUUAAUUUAUGCUUAUUUAUGUAAUUUAUGAAAGGUUUAAGAGAGAAAAACUUGCAAAAAAAUUAAAAAUCAUGAAAGGGCGAAACACAUUUUCACAUCACUGGAUAUGUACCUUAUUGUAUAUGAGAAAAAAGUGAGGUAAAACUGUUUUUUACCUAAAGGACUGUAAUGUAUUAAGAGUGGGUAUGUGUUAUUAUUUGCUGAAUAGAAGGUAAUCUCCUAUGUGAGGCUUUUUAUUUAUUUUUAUUUUUGAUGCAUUUUUUGUUGUAUCAUUUUCUAUAUGUCAUAUUUUAGAUUGAAGUUUUGAAAA